AUGCCGAAUAGGACUUACAUAACGGCAGAGGAGAAGACGAUGCCAGGUCACAAACCCAUGAAGGAUAGAUUAACUCUAUCGCUUUGCGUCAAUACGAGUGGCAACUGCAAAAUCAAGCCUCUGCUAGUAUACCAUUCGGAAAAUCCCAGAGCCUUUAAGUCACAUAAGAUUUUAAAAGAAAAACUGCAAGUUAAGUGGAGGGCAAAUCCGAAGGCGUGGGUCACCAGGAAAUUCUUUGUGGAGUGGAUAAACCUGGUGUUUGGCCCUUCUGUUAAAAAAUAUCUACAGAAAAACAACCUACCCAUGCAAGCCCUUCUCGUCCUCGACAAUGCCCCUGCUCACCUACCAAAUCUCGAAGAUGAUUUACUCGAAGAGUUCAAGUUUAUAAAGGUUCUCUACCUACCACCCAACACCACUCCUAUCCUGCAGCUCAUGGAUCAGCAGGUGAUUUGUAAUUUUAAGAAGUUGUACACCAAGCACAUUUUUCGGCACUGCUUUGAGGUGACUGAGAACACAAACCUUACCCUUCGAGAGUUCUGGAAGGACCACUUUAACAUUGUGAUAUGCCUAAGAAUUAUUGAUCAGGCCUGGCUGGGUGUUACAACGAGGACCUUAACCUCUGCAUGGAAGAAGCUGUGGCCUGAGGCUGUAGCUGAAAGGGCCUUCGAAGGAUUGGAACCCGAAGUGUCAGUAGUAGAGGAGAUUGUUUCUCUGGGAAAAUCCAUGGGUCUGGAGGUGGAUGAGAGAAAUGUGAACGAACUCGUCGAGGAACAGUCUCAGGAGCUGACAACCGACAAACUCAUUUCCGCAAUAUCCUGA